GCGGGAGGGUGGGGGGAGGACGCGCGGACGACCCGCGGAGCAACAGACAGACUGACGGGCGGGCAUGCCGGAGGCCCGGCUAUAGCCCGGGCGCGGGGCUCCGGCCGCGGCCAUGGAGCGGCGGCUGCGCGCGCUGGAGCGGCUGGUUCGGGGCGAGGCCGGCGGCAGACCCGGGCUCGACGGCCUCCUGGAUCUGCUGCUGGGGCUGCACCAUGAGCUCAGCAGCGCACCGCUGCGGCGGGAGCGCAACGUGGCGCAGUUCCUGAGCUGGGCCAGCCCCUUCGUAACAAAGGUGAAAGAGCUGCGGCUGCAGAGAGAUGACUUUGAGAUCUUGAAGGUCAUCGGCCGAGGGGCCUUUGGGGAGGUUGCUGUGGUGAGGCAGAGGGACAGUGGGCAGAUUUUUGCCAUGAAAAUGCUGCACAAAUGGGAGAUGCUGAAGAGGGCCGAGACGGCCUGUUUCCAGGAGGAGCGGGAUGUUCUGGUGAAGGGGGACAGCCGUUGGGUGACUGCUCUGCAUUAUGCCUUCCAAGAUGAGGAGUACCUGUACCUGGUGAUGGACUACUAUGCCGGCGGGGACCUCCUCACUCUGCUGAGCCGCUUUGAGGACCGCCUCCCGCCUGAGCUGGCCCAGUUCUACCUGGCCGAGAUGGUGCUGGCCAUCCACUCUCUGCACCAGCUGGGCUAUGUGCACAGGGAUGUCAAGCCUGACAAUGUCCUGUUGGACAUGAAUGGGCACAUCCGCCUGGCUGACUUUGGCUCCUGUCUGCGUCUCAACAACAGUGGUAUGGUAGAUUCGUCUGUAGCAGUGGGGACACCAGACUACAUCUCCCCUGAGAUCCUACAGGCCAUGGAGGAGGGCAAGGGCCACUAUGGACAACAGUGCGACUGGUGGUCCCUGGGAGUCUGCGCCUAUGAGCUGCUCUUUGGGGAGACGCCCUUCUAUGCUGAAUCCCUGGUGGAAACCUAUGGCAAGAUCAUGAACCAUGAGGACCACCUGCAGUUCCCCCUGGAUGUGCCUGGUGUGCCAGCCAGUGCCCAAGACCUGAUCCGCCAGCUACUGUGCCGUCAGGAGGAGCGUCUGGGCCGUGGGGGGCUGGACGACUUCCGGAACCACCCAUUCUUUGAAGGCGUGGACUGGGAGCAGCUGGCGACCAGCACUGCCCCCUAUAUCCCUGAGCUUUGCGGGCCCAUAGACACCUCCAACUUUGACGUGGACGAUGACACCCCCAACUAUCCAGGGACUCUGCCGCCACCUUCCCAUGGGGCCUUCUCGGGCCACCACCUGCCAUUUGUGGGCUUCACGUAUACCUCAGGCAGGCCCGGCCCUGAGAGUGGCUCUGAGCAGCUGGCUGCUCUGGAGCAGAAACUCCAUUGUCUGGAGCAGGAGAAAAUGGAGAUGAGCCAGAAACUCCAAGAAGCCCUGCAGAGCCCCUCAGACCACCGGGAGCUAGAGCAGCUUCGGAAAGAGGUGCAGACCCUACAGGACAGGCUGGCAGAGAUGCUGAAGAACAACAAGGCCCCCUUGUCCCAGAUGGAUGGGCCUCCUGCUGGUAGCCCAGGCCAGGCCAGUGACCUACAGCAGGAGAGAGACCGACUCCUACAGGAGCUGGCUGAGGCUAAGGCCAGGCUUCAGGUGCAGAAGCAAGACCUGUGCAGAGCCCAGGGGGGGCAGGAGGAGCUGCUCCACAGGCUACAGGAGGCCCAGGAGAGAGAGGUGGCCAUGGCCAGCCAGACGCAGGCCCUGAGCUCCCAGCUGGAGGCAACCCAAGAUGCCAGGAGGGAGCUGCAGGCCCAGGUGGCCACCCUGAACCGGGAGGUGACACAACUCCGGAGACAGCAGCAGCGAAGCCUUGAGAAGGAGUCUUCCCAGGUCAAGACUGUGCACACCACUUCGGAGACCAAUGGAACAGGAUCACCAGAGAGGCCACAGGAAGCCCGGCUGAGGAAGGAGGUGGCUGCCCUGUGUGUGCAGCUGGAGCAGGCCCAGCGCCAUGGGCUGAGUGGGAAGGAGGAGGUUCUGCACCAGCUACAGGAGGAGAACCGGCGGCUGAGCCAGGAGCAGGAGCGGCUGGUGCAAGAGCUGGAGCAGGAACAGCAGAGCAAGCAGCAGCUGGAGGGCGAGCGGCGGGAGACGGAGAGCAACUGGGAGGCCCAGAUCACCGAUAUCCUCAGCUGGGUGAAUGACGAGAAGGUCUCAAGAGGCUACCUGCAGGCCCUGGCCACCAAGAUGGCCGAGGAGCUGGAGUCCCUGCGGAACGUGGGCACCCAGACUCUCCCUGCCCGGCCUCUGGACCACCAGUGGAAGGCACGGCGGCUGCAGAAGAUGGAGGCCUCGGCCAGGCUGGAGCUGCAGUCGGCGCUGGAGGCUGAGAUCCGGGCCAAGCAGAGCCUGCAAGAGCGGCUGACACAGGUGCAGGAGGCCCAGCUGCGGGCUGAGAGCCAUCUGCAGGAGGCCAAGAAGCAGAACCAGAGCCUGCAGCAGGAGCUGGCUGCACUGCGGGACGAGCUUCGGGCCCACGGGCCAGGGGACGCUAAGGCCUCAAACUCCCUGAUUCCCUUCCUGUCUUUCCGGAGCCCAGAGAAAGAAUCUGCCAAGGAUCCUGGCAACUCAGGAGAGGCCCCGAGGUCUGGGGUGGAGCUGGAGCUUAGGUCGGAGGGCCGCCGCAGCCUACGCCGGAGGGCUGUGUUCCCCAGAGUGUCUGCUGCCACCGCAGCCCCUGCAGAAGGUCCUCCUGCAAAGCCUGGCUCACACAUGCUGCGUCUCUGGAGCUUCCCGUCUCCUACCAAGUGUCUCCACUGCACGUCGCUGAUGCUGGGCCUGGGCCGCCAGGGCCUGGGCUGUGACGUCUGCGGCUACUUCUGUCACUCGACUUGUGCCCCACAGGCUCCGCCCUGCCCCGUGUCCCCCGACCUCCUCCACAUGGCCCUGGGAGUGCACCCUGAAACAGGCAGGGGCACUGCCUACGAGGGCUUCCUGUCGGUGCCACGGCCCUCUGGCGUCCGGCGGGGCUGGCAGCGAGUGUUCGCAACCCUCAGUGACUCGCGCCUGCUGCUAUUUGAUGCCCCUGACCCACGGCUCAGCCCAGCCAAUGGGGCCCUCCUGCAGGUGCUGGAUCUGAGGGACCCCCAGUUCUCGGCCACCCCUGUCCUGGCCUCUGAUGUUAUCCACGCCCCAUCCAAGGACCUGCCACGCAUCUUUAGGGUGACGGCGUCCCAGCUGACAGUGCCACCAGCCACAUGCACCGUGCUGCUGCUGGCGGAGAGCGCGGAUGAGCGGGAGCGCUGGCUGCAGGUGCUGGGUGAGCUGCAGCGGCUGCUGCAGGAUGCACAGCCGAGGCCCCGGCUUGUAUACACUCUCAAGGAGGCCUAUGACAAUGGGCUGCCGCUGCUGCCCCAUGCGCUCUGCGCUGCCAUCAUUGACCAGGAACGACUUGCUCUGGGCACUGAGGAAGGACUGUUUGUGAUUCACCUGCACAGCAAUGACAUCUUCCAGGUGGGCGAGUGCCGGCGGGUGCAGCGGCUGGCCAUGGUCCCCACUGCAGGCCUUCUGGUCGUGCUGUGCGGUCGAGGCCCCAGCGUGCGCCUCUUCACCAUGGCUGCACUGGAGAACAUAGAGGUGGCAGGCACCAAGAUCCCUGAGUCUCGAGGCUGCCAGACACUGGCAGCCGGACGCAUCCUUCAGGCCCGCACCCCUGUGCUCUGUAUGGCCAUUAAGCGCCAGGUGCUCUGCUACCAGCUGGGUCCAGGCCCAGGGCCCUGGCAGCACCGCAUCCGCGAGCUGCAAGCACCUGCGCCUGUGCAGAGCCUGGGGCUGCUGGGCGACCGGCUGUGCGUGGGCGCAGCCGGGGCCUUCCUGCUCUACCCGCUGCUUAAUGAGGCUGCACCGUUGGUGCUGGGGACUGGUCUGGUACCUGAGGAUCUGCCACCAUCUCGAGGGGGCUUGGGUGAGGCACUCGGCGCCGUGGAGGUCAGCCUUAGUGAGUUCCUGCUGCUCUUCACCACUGCCGGGGUCUACGUGGACAGUGCGGGCCGCAAGUCUCGCAUCCCUGAGCUACUGUGGCCAGCAGCACCCACAGGCUGGGGUUACGCAGCCCCCUACCUGACAGUGUUCAGCGAGAACUCCAUUGAUGUAUUUGAUGUAAGGAAAGCAGAAUGGGUCCAGACGGUGCCACUCAAGAAGGUGCGACCCCUAAACCCAGAGGGCUCCCUGUUCCUCUAUGGCACGGAGAAGGUCCGCCUGACCUACCUCAGGAACCUGCUGGCAGAGAAGGACGAGUUCGACAUCCCUGACCUCACCGACAACAGCUGGCGCCAGCUGUUCCGCACCAAGAGCAAGCGCCGCUUCUUCUUCCGGCUGUCUGAGGAGCAGCGGCAGCAGCGGCGCAGGGAGAUGCUGAAGGACCCUUUUGUGCGCUCCAAGCUCAUCUCACCACCCACCAACUUCAAUCACCUGGUACACGUGGGCCCUACCGACGGGAAGCCCAGGGCCAGGGACCUGUCUCAGGCUCCGGAAGGGAAGGGCCGAAGCGCCCGCAGCUCCGGCCCGCAGCGGCCCCACAGCUUCUCCGAGGCCCCAAGGCGCCCAGCCUCCAUGGGCAGCGAUGGGCUCGCUGGAGACGCAGACCCCAUGAAGCGGAAGCCUUGGACAUCUUUGUCCAACGAGUCGGUGUCCUGCUCCCAGGGAUCUCUGAGCCCCGCAGCCUCCCUGAUACAGGUCUCAGAACGGCCCCGGAGUCUCCCCCCAGCCCCUAAAUCAGAGAGCUCCCCUUGACACCCUCUGGCAGGGCCCACCCCAAUCCCAGGACUGAGGUUUGCGGGAGCAAACAGCUUAAGGAAUGCCACACUCCGGCUGGUCCGGGAUAUGUGGAAAUUUGGACUCGGAGGGGCUGGACUAGGCAGCAACUGGGAGGCUGGCCUGGGUUCCCAGGACUUGGGGCCUCACUCCCAGCCCCCAUCUGUUUCUUUCCCUUCCGCUUCUAGCCCCGGGCUGUGCCCAACUGGAAACAGAGUGGCCCCCCUUGUGCCCUAGGGGCCCCUCUGCUCUGAUGUCCAGGGGUGACUGUGCCAAAGCUCUCAUUUCCAGUGUCAAGCUCCAGGAGGCUUGUACAUGAGAGGGUGAGGAUGGAGAAGGGCCAGGUCCUGUGGAACAGUCUGGGGUCUUGGCUCUGGACUGUCCAGAACCCAGUAAGGCUAAGCUGGGGCAUAUUGCAGUUUCUUUUCCAAGUCAGGGUGGGAAAGAGAGGCUCUGAUAAGAGGCAAGGAGGGGAGAGAAGGAGAGGGAAGCAUGUAGGUGAAGGAGGGUGAGAGGCAAGUGAAUGGAAGGAGGUGACAAAGCCAUCCAGAGAAGGGGGGAUAAAGGAGGAGCCACGAGGAGGAGGAGGGAGCACGAGCAGAGGGAGAACACAGUUGGGGUCCUUUCUGGGGAUGAGUGGGCUGGGGACAGGGCAGGGCUCCAUGAGCCAACUGACUUUGGCAUCUAACCUGCCCAGGGGUGAGAGAGUUCCUAGACAGGGAUGGCAUGGGGAGGGUAUUUAUGAGGGUACUUGGUGGGAGGUGGGCACCCGACAGGGGCCACUGGAGGGUGUCUGGGUACACUCUGGCCCUUCCCAGAAAGGGGGAUCCUUUUUCUCAAAGCUUCAACCAGCUGUGUAUUAGGGGAUCAUAAGGGGCAUUUUAUUAUUGAUCACAGUCAUUAUUAUUGUUAUUAUAUUACUAUUUUUAUUAAACUUCCCCCUACUGAUGAGUGGGGGACAAAAUAAGUAUUUAUCUCCCUAAAUGCCAUAGUCCCGGGAGGGAUCAACCCUGACGCUCUGUGAGGCAGUAAGAAACCAAUAAAGACAACUUUGUAAGCUG